UGAGAACGAAUGAAUGAAUGAUAAAAAUAUGUCAGAUUUACAAUGACGUUUCUUUUGUCACAAACACAGACAGAUGACAUUUGAAACAAGUUGACAUUUUUGUUGUUGAUUUGUUUGUUGAAAAAAUAUCUUGAACCAUCUGUGCUGAAAUUGAAGAUUUUUAAAUUCUAACAAGUGAAGUCAUGUCGCGCGAGUCAGAAGACGAAACCGAUUUAUUUAUGGAAAAUGCCGCAGAAGUCAUCGAAGGACUUACGAAAGAAUUGCAAGAAUUGUACCAAUUCAGGGACAUGUUUUUCGAAAAUCAUCCCAUUGAAAUGGCAACCGAAAAGAAUAAGUUAGUCGAGGAGAAAAAAAAUGUUUUGGUCGAAAAGUUUGAGAGUAUUGAUGUGGAUACACAAAUACCAUUUUCUCUGCGAGCUCAGUUCCUUUACAUGAAAGGCCGCUGCUACAAUAUAAGUCCAACGUAUGAUUCCCGCUCAACGCAGUGUCUCAGCAAAGCAGUGAAACUAAAUCCGCACUUGGUUGACGCCUGGAAUGAACUUGGAGAAUGUUACUGGAAGAAUAUGAACGUAAAAGAUGCUAAAGCCAGCUUCGAGGGUGCUUUAAAACAUGAACGCAACCGCCUCGCCUUACGCUGCCUGUCAAUAAUACUUCGUCAAGAAAGUGGUGAAAGGAAGCUAAAAGAAGCCACAGCAGCUAUACUCAAGAGUGUAGAAUUGGCUAAAGAGGCAGUAGCUCAAGACAUAAAAGAUGGCGUUUCAUGGUCUGUGCUCGGAAAUGCAUACUUGUGCCAAUUCUUCAUGGUUUCCCAGGAUCCGGCUGUUCUUAAGUCCUGUAUGAGUGCGUACAAACAGGCUUGGAUGGAUCCUAUCGCUAAAGGGCAGCCAGAUCUUUAUUAUAAUAAAGGAAUUGCGUUGAAGUACGAAGAGCAAUAUGCUGAAGCGUUAGAGAACUUCGAAUACGCGUGCCGCCUGGACCCGCCAUGGGGCCCGCCGAAGCAAGAGUUAGCUCGCCUCUCGCAGUACCUCACCAGUGCUGAUGAGUUGGUGCGAACUAGAGGAAAGCUGAAGGGGAAGAAAAUACAGCAGAUGGUGCAGUCCAUAGACAAGAAGAUGCUGGGUCCAUACACUCCUGGCACGUUCCACACAUUCGGAGCACGGAAAUCGGUGACGCUAGACGUGACGCCGAUCGACUCACUGCAGGAGGGAGCCAACGAGGGCAAAGUACUGUUGGCCAGGGUCAUCGGCUCCAUACACAGCGAGAGCGCCGUGCCCUUGAUCGACUCGCUGCAGGAGGGAGCCAACGAGGGCAAAGUACUGUUGGCCAGGGUCAUCGGCUCCAUACACAGCGAGAGCGCCGUGCCCUUGUGA